AUGGAGUGUUGGGUGAUUGAUACGCCAUUCUUCAAGCGGGAGCUCCCUACUCCAUCGCCUGGCAUCUCCAAGCCUUCCGGAAUUCCUCGUCAAGCAAUUGUCAUCUCCCAAGAGGCACAAAGCUCAGGUUGGUUUAGGCGCGUCAAUUGUGCCGGAACAGCAGACACAGAUACCGUUACCUUGGAGUCAGGACUAGGAUCCCUUCGUAUCCCAGAUUGGCCUCUGCAUUUUGCUCCGGGUGCUAUUACUCCAGCCACUCCAUUUUUAGCAGUUGCCCUAGUGUUGAGUGAGAGAGGAGGCCUUUUCCAGCAGAAGCCUCCUUCUCCAUCGCCUCCCCGCACAGCAUCUCCAAGUACAUCGGACACUCUUGCCGAACGUGCGUUAUCUCCUCAAAUGCAGCAAGUUAAGGUGGGUUACGUCAAUGGAACUGUGUGGCUCGAGACGCAUCGCUCGCCCAAAGAUGCGGACGUCGUCGUGCUUGAGGAUGGUCUUGUUGUGCUCCAGCCGGGCUUUCUUCUCCUUGACCUCAGCAGCCUUGACAUCCACGUCGAGCUUCUCGUACCUAUCUAUCGGUAA